AUGGCCGCGGCAGGCACCAACGACUCCAAAUCUCCAAAGGCGCCUCCUCGCCGACCUCCAAAGACCCCCGAAGCUCGCCAGGUGCACUUUGAGACUCAGGGAAUCCUCAAGGGCCAAAACAUCACGGGAUACACGACUGCCAGCUCGCCCAGCGGAGGAUUCAACGCCAACACUGCCACCGGUUCUUCCAAGGCAGCGCCCAAGACUCCUCCUGCGGUCACCGCGAGUGAAGAUAACCAGCCCACGAGCUUCCCUGCGCUUGGUGUCGCGGCCAACAGCCAGCUGCAGUGGCAUACAAGUGCCAACCCUACGCAGAGCCUCCGCCACCAGCUGCCGACCGGUCCCGGUGGUUUCAUCUCCCCUCCCCCUCAGCAGGCGGCGUAUUUUUCUCUCCCUCAGCAACAUCAUCCUCAAAUUCAUCCCGCAUCCUACAUCAACGCGCCCGCAGGCACACACAACACAGUCACCUAUAUCGGCGUCGGACCCCCAAGCAACACCAUGGGCGAUUAUCAGAAUGCCGCUCCGCCUCCCAACGGCGUCCACUUCCAGCCUCCCGUUCCCGACACCACGUUCGGGCCCAUGCAGCAUGUUUACGUGCCUCGCUUUGAUGGGGGACUCGCUGGUGUUCAAGUCGGUCUUCCUGCUCCUGCUUCUGCUCUUGCCUCUGUCCCCGUUCCUGUUCCUGCUCAUUUUGUUUCUGCCCCCGCCCCCAUCACCACCACCGCUGCAUGCACUACCGUGGUGCUGCCAAAGACAUUUUAUCUGAAUGGCUACACCUAUUAUGCAAGUGGUCUUGUUGAAUCUUCCCCUCAUUUCUUGCUCUACCUGGACCGAGUGGUUCACCGAGCAUCGCUAGCCCAGCCAGUCGUUGGUGCCGUGGCUCCUCAGCCUGGUAUCCAUGCUAGCUAUGUCGUUCAUCAGCAGCCCUACCUCGUCCAGCAGCCGGCCAUGGGUCAGCAGCAGCCUAUCCUCGUGCAUGGCCACCAGCAGCACUAUGUGCCCCAGGUCCAGCACGUUGCAGGCGCCGUCCCAGCGGUCGGCAUGGCGGGUGGGGUUGCUGCCAUGCCCGGCGCAGUCCCCAUCAUUGCAGGUAAUUCUGGCCACAUCCCCGAUGUCACUGGUAUCGGCCGCACUGCUGGCGAGGAGCAGCUCCGCCAGAUCCAGUUCGCGCACGAGAACAGGCUCUACGAGCCCCAGGACUUCAAGCCCGCUGAUGAUGACCCUUCCCGUUUCUACUAUGUUCGUGAGGUUGACGGCAACUGGACCCAGCGCAACCGAUUUACCAUUGAUCACAUGGGUGAUUGCCGCUGGUACGUGACCGACGAGGGUUGGUUCUAUGCCGUUCGCCUGCCUAGCUAG